AUGAUUAAUGACAAUAUCCAUAAUGGCCGAUUUGGCUCUGCUGCCUCCAGUGCUGAUGCUGAUGCUGGUGCUGGUGCUGGUGGCGAAUUUAUGAGGGAGGAUUGUGUUGCCGUUGCCGGCAAUUUCAAGUCGCCAUCACCUCGGUCACAAGUACAGCCAUUGAAACGAGCAGAUAAUGAGAGAGUUGAUAUUGAUGAUCAUCUUAACUCGAUGUCACAAUUUAUCUACUUGGAGGCAGCAGAAGCAGCAGGAAGACUGGAGGAUGAGGAAAAGGGAGAAGAGCGAGCCGAGCAACAAGUUGGAGGAGAAGUAAACCAUGGAGCUCAAGUGAAUGGCGGAGCCGCCUCGGUAGCUUCAUCGCUUGACAUUAUGUCAGUUCAAGACAAAGAAGAUUUGAACAAUGAGUUUAACGAGUUUAUCGAUAUACCUAAUUUGGUGUCCGACAAUGACUCAGAUGAAGUGGUCACCGUACUGACAAAGAGUGCUGGAUAUUGGAACCAACAAAGAUCAUUGCAACCGACACCUGUCUCCACAGCUAAUGCAAAUGAGUCUGCCAGCUCUCCACGUCCAGUACAACAACAGCAGCAACAGCGAGAACAGCAAGAACAGCAAGAACAGUCCCCGCAGUCUAACAGGACAAUCCAUCAACAAGUCCAACUUUUGAAGAGACAAUCACAACGUGCUGUUGGUGGAGCAGACUCCCAAAUUAAGCAAAACAUUAUCAACAGCUUACAACCUUUUGUGAAAACCAAUAUUGGUAUCUCCCCAGAGCAAUUCAAACACCAACGUACUCAAUUGAUGACUAUUAUAGUGAAAUACGUUGCCACCAAGAUUUACAAUACUUUCCCACCAGAAGCACCCAAAAGAAAAGGAUCAUCUUCGCCUUCGUCACCCACUACGCUGAGUGCCCAAACACUAGCAUCUAGCAAUGAAUUGCCAUUGGACAAAUUCUUACUCUUGCUCACCAGCAGGUUGAGAGUUUCCUUGUCAACUUUCUUAAAGGCAAUCAUCUAUCUAUUCAGAUAUAUGGACAUAAUCUAUCUUUUGAGAUACCUUAAUCAAACCAACAAUUUUGUCAACUACAAUGAUAUGGGAUUUGAGUUGAAGAAAUUGAUUGUUGGAUGUUUCAAGUUGACAAUCAUCAAAGAGAAUAGAGUUUCGGCAAAGAAGUUGCAAGUGAAUUGGCAGCAUGUGACUGGGUUGAGCAACCAAGAGAUCAACUCUAUUGUCAGACAAUUGGUGAAUCGUAUGAACGGGAAGUUGACCAUCAAAGAUGUGGAGGUUGUGAGAAUGAAGAAUGAGAUGUACAGGUUUGUUAACCUUUGCUUGUGA